GUUAAAGUUUCUAUGUGGCACAGUGGAUGCAGCAAGCAUGAAGGCAAUCUGUAUGUCUGACCUGCUUUACAGAUGAGAAAAGCACCGAUGAGACCAGAGUUAACGUCUCGGACCACGUCGACCUGGGAGGAGUAUGAUGGCUUCCUCCUGCAACCCUGCAACAUGUGGCUACGCAAACUGCUGUCGCUGAAUAAUGAUAUUAUACUGGAUGCUAUGGAAGAUAGAUGGAUACUUACAGGUCGGUGUUUGCACAGAGCACAGCGGUGAGCGGGGGGAGAUCACGUUCGCAGGCAGACCUGUAGCGUCUCACUCCGCCGGAGCCAUUUCCUGUUGCUUUUAGGGCGAACAUGGAUGGAAACCAGGAGGCUGAAGGUCAGAAAGCAGACGUCAUCGUGCUCGGCGGAGGUUUGUCAGGUCUGAGUGCAGCCAAGCUGCUUAAAGAGUCUGGUUUGACUGUGGUAGUCUUGGAAGCACGGGAUCGAGUCGGGGGUCGGACCUAUACUGUGACAGGAUCGAAAUUCAAUUACGUAGACCUUGGAGGUGCUUAUAUCGGCCCCACCCAAAACUGCAUCCUUAGACUUGCGAGAGAGUUAGGGGUGAAAACCUACAUGGUAAAUGAAACGGAGCACCUUGUUCAUUAUACUAAGGGUAAGGCUCACCCCUUCCGCGGUCCCUUCCCACCGGCGUGGAACCUCCUGGUGUACCUGGAUUAUAACAACCUUUGGAGAACCCUGGACUCCCUGGGAAGACAGAUCCCUGCCGAAGCCCCAUGGACCUGUUCUCAUGCAGAGGAAUGGGACAACAUGACAAUGAGGGAGCUGAUUGACAAAAUCUGCUGGACAAGGACAGCUAAGGAUUUUGCCAGGCUUUUUGUGAAUGUCAAUGUGACAUCUGAGCCUCAUGAAGUUUCGGUGCUCUGGUUCCUUUGGUACGUGAAGCAGUGUGGGGGAACAAGAAGAAUUUUCUCCACGUCGAAUGGAGGACAGGAGAGGAAAUUCGUGGGCGGGUCCGGACAAAUCAGCGAGCGAAUAGCAGCGCAGCUGAGAGGGAGCGUCAUGCUGAACCAGCCUGUUGUCAGAGUUUCUCAGAAUGCUGAGGGAGUUUCUGUGGAAACAUUAACUGGAGACAAAUACAAGGGGGGGUACAUUAUCAGUGCUAUCCCACCGGGACUGACCAUGAAUAUCCACUAUGAGCCUGGACUACCACCCAUCAGGAAUCAGCUGAUCCAGAGGGUUCCCAUGGGCUCCAUAAUCAAGUGCAUGAUGUACUACAAAAGGUCAUUUUGGAAGGAGAAGGGCUACUGUGGAACAAUGAUGAUUGAAGAUGAAGACUCCCCUAUUUCAAUGACCCUAGAUGACACCAAACCAGACGGCUCAUGUCCUUGCAUCAUGGGAUUUAUUUUAGCCAGAAAAGCCAGGGAGCUCAUCCACUUGACUAAAGAGGAGAGGAAACAGCGAAUAUGUCAGAUAUAUUCAAAGGUGUUGGGCACUACUGAUGCUCUUCAGCCGCUUCACUACGAGGAGAAGGACUGGUGUGGCGAGCAGUAUUCCGGGGGCUGUUAUGCUGCCUACUUCCCUCCUGGAACCUACCGCCAGUUCAGCAGGGCCCUCAGGGAACCAUUCGGCAGGCUAUUUUUUGCAGGCACCGAAACGGCCACCAAAUGGAGCGGCUACAUGGACGGGGCCGUGCAGGCAGGAGAGAGGGCAGCCAGAGAGGUGCUGCAUGCCAUGGGCCGAAUCUCAUCCCUGGAGAUCUGGAAAGAGGAUGAAGAAGAUCAGGACGUUCCGUCGAAGCCGAUCACGGCGAGUUUCCUCGAGAAGUGGCUGCCUUCUGUUCCUGCCUUUGUGUCGAUGGCGACGAUCUGUACCGUGUUUAUAUCUGCCUUUGGAAUAGCCUUACUGAAACCAAGCAUUCAGGUCCGUCUCUCCCGCUGAGAUUUCAUAAUAUUGCCAACGUGAUUUAUGUAAUGAAAGGCAAAAAUCUGCCCCAUUGUGCUAGGAGGAUUCGAUACACUGCAUUUAAAUCAAAAUGAUUCAAACAGGUAGAGAUAAGAUCAAUCAAAUACAAUGAUUUUUUUUUUACAUUAAAAUGUUUUCUUUAUCAUUUGUGCUAUAUUUAUAAGAUUACAAAACUGAUGAGAAAGUGAGAUGUUACAGGAAGUAAGUAUAUAUAUAAACUUUAUUGAUUUCCUUUCUUAAAGCACAACAUUUCUCCAAAUGAUGUUUUUCUUUUCAUUUUAGAUCAUUAUUGUUUCAGUACAUGUGCUUAACAUUAAGUUCAUGUCAACAGUUUCAUCAAUGGUUAUUUAGAUAAAUGUGACAGUUAUUAAUGGCUACAUGAGACAAACAAAAAAAAGCAGACAUUAACAAACAUGUUAAUGGUCCUUAAUGUCUUGUGGUGCAUUAUUGGAUGAUUUGGAGUCUCCUUUUUGUCUUUUACUUUUCCUUGAGAACUUUGGGUUUUUGUGCCGUUAGGAAAGCGCUACACGACCAUAUUUGUCUGGAGUAAUACGCUAAAUGUGAAAUCAGCUAAAUGUCAUAUGACGACGUCUAACCUUUAAAUGCCGUUUGUCUGCAUUAUUGUGAACAGGAAGUGCCAUCUUGAAGAAGCUUAUGUUAACACUUAAAGCCUGCAAGAAGCUCUUAUAGCACAAGUCGUUAUGCAUAUUGCAAGAGUUGUUCGUAUCUGUAUGUGUCAUGCUUCAUAAACUACUCAUUAUUAUGCAACGUACUGUAUGCAGUGCAGACGCAGUGCAGUUGCAUGACAGUGCACAGUGGUUACAUUGACACUGCUGUAUAUGGUGCUGCAUGGUUGCAUUUACACUGUCUUACAUACUUGCAUUAAAGACAUUAAUAGACACAUCUUAGGUAAUGCGUAUGGUUGUAUUCUGUAGAGUUGGCGUUAUGAAUGUGCUGACUGUCCUUUGUGUAAGAAUACUUUCUCUUUAAUAGUGGGUAUUUCUAUAUAUAGAGAUCAAGUGGUAUGUCAAAUGCAAUGUGUCUUUUCCCAAACGAAUGACUGUUUCCAGCGUGGACCUAAAUUUUGUAUUUAUAUUAAACUGUAAACACAUAAAUAGCAUUGUAAGACAAGGAAGAAUCAGUUGUCUUUCUUUGUGUUUCUUUGGCUUGGGAGGCUGAAUCCCCGUCUGCUCUGUGUGUGGAGUUUGCAUGUUUUCCCCAUGUGUGAGAGGCAUACAGGAACACUGAUUUUUCCCUGUGUGAUACUGGUUUCUUCCUUUAAUCCAAAGACAUGCUAUUAGGCGUCUCUGAAUUUCCCGUAGAGUAUGACUGAUUUUGUGCAUGCAUAUGUCCUGCCAUGACCUGGCAUCUUGGCCAGAGUAUAAACUCACUUGGUGCCCUAUGAAAAAAGGACAGAAAUUAUGGUAUUUUAGCCAUAAUCUACACUCAUCCUACCUGGUCUCUGAUGAGCUAAACCUGAUCUCAGGCAGACAGUCACUCAUCAGGUAGGAUGGAAAACCUGCUGGAUAUUGGCACUCCAGGAUCAGGGCUGCCUGCCCCCUGCACUAGUGCCAAACUUCUUACGGCCGUUGUUAUUCUGGGAGAGUCCUGAAAAGCAGACAUUUACUGCUGGUUUAGUCCCAUGGAAGCGUGACAUUGUGGAUGCGACUUACGGACCGUGGCACCCUGAGUGUGACAUUCAAGCUGCGUAUUCACACAGGCCGGGAUGGAGAAAUGACUCACCGACAGACUUUGGCUUUACCGUGACCACGCUGACUCUUUUGUGAAAGGUGCUAUAUAAAAAUGAAUUGAGUUUUAGUUACUUUGCUAUUUCGCACCUUGUUUGUACAAUCUAACAAUCUUUCAAAUUAAUGGAUUAACAGGAAAUCUAUCAUCGGAGCUGGCUGGGAGUACACAGGAAAGUUUGCCGUUUUCCUUUUUAUUGCAACCUUUCUCUGUGGAUUAGUUCGACAUUUGAUAGAAACAGCUGUUUCUGUGGCUUGGGCCCUCACUCAACUGCAUGAAAGGCCUCUCUAUGCACUGCCAGUUCUCAGGAACAGGGUCUCCCGGCAACAGCUCCAGGAUGAAUAAAUCUGAGCUUUGGCUAUUCUGCUGUGAGUGGUGUGACUGGCCAAGAUGAGGACGCCUGGUUUUAAAGCGAGAUUCUUAGUGGGAAAAUGCUUAAAUCUGUCUGUAUCAGAAAUGACAUGCCUGUCACUUUUGGAAAUAUUUUAUUAUUUAUGUUAUUUUAAGACAAAAAAAGCUGUGCAUUUGGUUGUACUUUAUCUGCUUGUAGCAUUACCAUUUGCAUAUUUCACACUAACCAACAACACUUUUGAAUAAAAAGCUUUUGUGCCUCUA